GUUGCGUCGUUACCAUGGUAAUGUAAACAAGGAGAGUCCAGAGCGUCAAGCUGUAGUGGCUCGUUACGUUCAUGGAUUAACUUGUUAUAUAGUUAAUAGUAAAAUAAAUUAAUCAUUAAGGAUAAGAGCAACAUGUCUUAUACACAGUUUUACAAAAAGACAGGACUGCCAAGAGAAGUCGUGAAAUGGCUGCAAAGCCUCGACUUGUCAUUUUAUCCGAAGAAUGUGCGCAGAGAUUUUUCUAAUGGUUUCCUUGUGGCUGAGAUAUUGUGUCGUUAUUACCCCCAACACUUUCCAGUGCGUUCAUACGACAAAGGGACUUCACUUUCUGCCAAACAGAGGAACUGGAGCCAAAUAGAGAGCUCUUUACAGAAGCAGAAUCUGCAUUUGAUGAAAGAGGUCAUUGAUGGAAGCAUCCACUGUAAACCAGGAGCCGCUGAACUGAUGGUGCAGGAGGUGUAUACUUUGUUAACUAACCGGAGCAUCAGAGAUGUUCAGGGACCAGAGCCAGACUUCACUGACCAGGACUACCAGGAGCUUCUGCCCGCACUGGCCCGCUCCACGGCCUCCAAAGCCAUCAAGAACAACCUGAGGAUGUCAGAGGUCAUGGCUGAGCCCGACAUCACUACAAACCAGAGGAAGACGGAAGCCAUCCUCCAGAGGCACCUGGAGCACAAGGGUGCAGAGAGGGUGUCUGACCCUGGACGUUUUAAAGUGAGACCUCAUUUGGUUCGGCUUGCAGCCAAAAAUCUUGUGCCAUCAAGUGAUGAGUGCUUUGCUUCAUCUGGAGACACUACAUCAAAGCUGUGCUCCUCGUCGACACGGAGCGGAGCUGCUGUUUGCUUUAAGGAGAUAAAAGUGCACCAGCCUGUCAGACGCUGCCUGGUUAACUAUUAAAAGGAACUAGAUGGAAAUCUGUGCUCAAUUAUUGUAAUGUUAUGCGUGUGUGUGUCACUUGAUGUGUUGAUAUAUAUUUUUUAUCAUUCAAAGGUUAGUCUAUUUGAACUAUUAUGCCUCUAAAGUAUUUACUGGAGUGUAAUUUGUUUUGAAAGACAGAGGAUGUCACUGUUUGUUUGGGCUUAUGUAACGUCCCUGCCUCUCUCCCAUGUUCGGGCUAUGUCAGUUUGCACCAGUAGGUGGCAGCAUUGAGUCACGAGCAGAGCUCCCCUAACCGGUUUAGUCUGGAAUGCACUGCUACUGUAGGUGUACCAUUGACAAAAAGGGGAAAUAAAUCAAUGCAUGCAGCAGAAAUUGACUGGCCUUGUUCACUGUGGACUUAAAAGCUAUUAUAUCAAUCUGUUUUCUUAUUUCUCAUGUAAUUAUUAAUGUUCCAACAUUUCUAGCCCUUGGUUGAAUACAUGUCAGCACUUAUAUGGACUGGAGUGUCUAUAUUUGAGGAAUAGUGAAUGAUGACCACUGACCUUUCAAAGGUUAGAUGACUGAAACGUUGCCCAUGGUAACACAAAUGAAAUGUGUCGACACGUCUUGUGGCAUCAGGAGCUGCAGAAGAAGCUAAUUGUGGGUAAAAGUACCCGUGAGACUCAUUUCAGUUCUGAUAUUUUACUAAAUAAAAAGCAGAGAUGGUCGU